CACUGCUCUAGUUCUUCUCCUUAUUCAUCAACUACUCAAUUAUAUCAACCACAAAACUUUCUGCUUAAUUUCGAUCAAACAUAUAGAACUUCUACUUCUGAUCGACUAAUCAUUCGUCCUUGCUUCUUGAACUAAGUUUAGUUAAUCCUCAUCCGGGCUAAUACUACUAUUCUCAAUUGUUUUCCUCUACUAAUGGACGCAAUUGAAGUUCCUCCAUUUUUUCUCUGCCCCAUUUCUCUUCAGAUCAUGAAAGACCCCGUUACAGUCUCCACAGGCAUAACAUAUGAUCGCGAGAGUAUAGAAAAAUGGCUAAUUUCAGGGAAGAACACUACAUGUCCGGUUACCAAACAAGUCCUUACAGAUUCAGAAUUGACUCCAAACAUCACCCUCCGACGAGUAAUCCAAUCAUGGUGCACGGUCAACGCUUCCCACGGCGUCGAAAGGUUUCCCACACCUAAAGCUCCAAUCAGCAAAGCCCAACUCGUGAAGAUUCUCAAUGAAGCUCAGUCCCCACAGCUGCAAAUCAAGUGUCUGAGAAGAUUGAGAUCCAUUGCUUCCCACAACGAGACCAACAAAAGAUGCAUGGAAACCGUAGGAGCAGCCGAUUUCUUAGCUUCAAUUAUCAACAACAUCGAAGAAGUAUCAAUACCAACACCGGCGUCAUCAGCUAGUGAUGAUCAUCAUGGCAUAUUCGAACAUAAUACGUUGGAGUCGACAAAAGCAAGCGAUGAAGCCUUAAGUCUACUUUGUCAUCUGCAACUAUCCGAAGAUAGGCUUAAAACCCUCUUCCAGAGAAAUGCAAAACUCAUCGACUCCUUGGUUCGUGUCAUGCAACGUGGGAACUACGAAUCUCGUGCCUAUGCAGUUCUGUUGUUGAAAUCCAUGUCCGAAGUAGUCGACCCAAUGCAGUUGACCAGUCUAAAAACUGAAUUUUUCGUCGAACUAAUCCAAAUCUUGCACGAUCAGAUCUCGCGCAAGGCAUCAAAGGCAACAUUGAAGCUACUAAUCAACGUGUGUCCAGGAGGAAGAAACAGAAUCAAGGCCGCCGAAGCUGGCGCUGUCCCCGUAUUGAUUGAUCUCCUUCUUGAUUCUACGGAGAAAAGGGCGACAGAAAUGAUGCUGAUAGUGUUAGAACAAGUCUGCCAAUGUGCUGAAGGAAGAGCUGAGCUCUUGAAGCACGGCGCAGGGUUGGCUAUCAUAUCGAAAAAGAUACUCAGGGUUUCUCAAGUGGCAAGUGAUAGAGCUGUGAAGAUUCUUCAUUCCAUUUCUAGAUUCUCUGCAACCACAAGUGUUCUUCAAGAAAUGUUGAGUUUGGGGGUGGUGUCUAAGCUGUGUUUGGUGCUUCAAGUUGAUUGCGGAAGCAAGACUAAGGAAAGAGCUAGAGAAAUCCUUAAAUUGCAUGCUAGGACUUGGAAUAAUUCUCCAUGCAUUCCCACCAGUUUGCGGCCUUCAUACCCAUGUUAAUUAAUUGGGAGGAUAAACUAGUUGUUAGAGAUUAGUGCUGAUUUUUGUGUAGAUAAUAGGAUUCAAUUGUAAUUAGACAAUUACACAGGGCCAAAUUCUACGGCCGUAGAUACUGAACCGUGGCGAAAAUUUCAAUUGACGCGAAUAAUACUUGUGCA